CACUGGCACAGCAGCCUCAGCGAGUGACCACGGCCAUCGACGAUAGUAGACUUCCCAUUGCUGCAUAUAAGAACAUCUUAAACCAACAUGUCCAAUCAAGAGGAAAAGCCUCUCUGGACUCCAACCGACCCCACAAGCACGCAAACGCAUCUGUUCCUCUCGCACAUCAAUAAGAUCCACUCCCUCUCACUCACCACCUACGCCGACUUGUGGGAGUGGUCAUGUGCCCACCGCUCAGACUUUUGGUCCGCCCUCUGGGACUGGGAGCACAUUAUUGGAGACAAGGGGGUGAAAGAGAAUGGCAAGGUGGUAGACGAAGACAAGACGCCCGAGGAGAACCCACCAUGGUUCACCGAAUCAUCCCUUAAUUGGGCUGAAAACCAACUUCGGCACGCCAAAUCCCGGCCCGAUGAUAUAGCCAUAAUCCAAGUAUGCGAACCAUGUUCAACCUAUGUCCCUUCUAUCAAACAGAUCACCCAAUUUGAACUUUACUCACUCGUCGGAAAAGCGCAGCGAUCCCUGAGAGCAGCUGGCGUGGGCAAAGGUGACAGAGUCGCAUUCUGGGGUGGAAACUGCCUUGAGGCGGUCGUCACUGUCCUAGCCACCUCUUCCCUCGGCGGGAUUUUUUCUUCUGCAGCGGCAGAUUUUGGCAUUGACGGUGUCGUCGAGCGUCUCGAGCAAAUCCAACCCAAAGUACUCGUCGUCACUAACGGUGUCAUAUAUGCCGGGACCCCACGCCCACUCUUACCACGCGUAGCACCUCUGCUUAACAUACUGAAGAAUCCGCCUAGUGUCGUAGUGAGCGUAGACCAUCUCCCAGAGGAAUUGGUACCGACGUUCGCAGAGGUCAAGGAAAAAUUGGUGAGGUGGGACGAUUGGCUGGAUCAAAAAGAUGGGGAUGUGGACUUUCUGAGGAUGGGGUUCGAUGAACCCAUAUGGAUUUUAUUCUCCAGCGGAACUACGGGGAAACCCAAAGCUAUCGUUCAUCGUCAAGGCGGAAUGCUCCUCGACUCUCUCCGUGAACACCAUCUCGCAGGCGACAUUUCCUCCUCCGAUAUCUUCUUCUAUUACACCACUCCGGGCUGGAUGAUGUUCCAAUAUCUUAUCUCCGGCUUGGCGACGGGCGCUACAAUUGUAUUGUAUGAAGGUUCCCCGCUGAAACUGCCUUCUCAUCUUUGGUCAUUGAUUGAUGACCUCGGUAUCACUGUUUUCGGAACAAGCGCAAAGUGGAUAGAGCAGGUGGAGAAACAUUAUCCUGACGUAGGGAAGAACCAUGAUUUGAAAACUUUGAAACAGAUCCUGAGUACUGGAAGCCCAUUACCAGGGAGACUAUUUGAUUUUAUAUAUGAAAAAGUGAAAAAGAACGUCUUGGUUGGCUCGGUGACAGGCGGUACGGACAUUUGUUCAGUCUUUGCGGGGCGUAACACCUGCCUCCCAGUCUUUCGGGGCGAGAUACAAUCGCGCAUGUUGGGAUUCGCACUUGAUACAGAUGGCAACUCUGAUCACGCAGGAGAACUCAUCUGCCACAAAGCUUUCCCGAUUGAACCACUUGGAUUUUGGCCUUUACCCGGAUACGGCUUUGACGAGGCACAAGUUGAAGAGGCGAAAAAACGGUUCAAGGACAGUUAUUUCAAAGGAGAUAAAGGGAUUUGGUACCAUGGUGACUAUGUCCAGAUAACGCCAUCUCGAUUAGGAAACGGCGGGGGCUUGAUCAUGCUCGGCCGUUCCGACGGUGUCCUCAACCCGGGAGGUAUCCGUUUCGGACCGACAGACAUCUACUCUGUGCUCGAAAACUUGACGUUUGCCAAAGAAGGUGUGGAAGAGACAUUGGUGGUCGGAUUGAUGUGUGAUGGUGGAGCGGACGAAAAAGUUGUUUUGUUUGUCAAGAUGCGAGGAGGCAAGGAAUUGGAUGAUGGCCUAUUGGCAAAAAUCAAGGCCAGUAUAAGGACAGCGAGAAGUGCGAGGCAUGUGCCGGCAAAGAUCAUACAAGUGUCAGAUAUCCCGGUUACACUCACUGGCAAACGGGUUGAAGUGCCAAUUCGAAAGGUGAUCAAUGGUGCACCCAUAAGUAGCAUCAAUCCUUCAACGUUGCAAAAUCCGGAAUGUCUGGAGGAGUACGCACAGCUGGGUAAGAAGAUGCGAGAAGAAGAGGGGAUGGGUGCUGGUGCAUUUGCACAGUGUUAAUACUCUACUCGUACAGCAGAAAACCAAACGUUAAUUCAAUACUGUAAAUGGCCUGAUGUCACAGAUCUUUUACCACAUCUAUGAGCCAAAUUUGAUCGAAAUCCUGGAGUUGAC